AGACAGCUCGCUACUCACACAAAGCUCGCCCGAUGGGACUUUUCUCCACCUUUGGUCUCACGUUUUCGGCCACCGGAUAUGCUGGCGUGAUCAAGGGGCUGGCCUUGUUCCCACUACUGCUACCCGCGGCGCACUUUGCGGCUUACACAUUCGUCACAAGUCCGGUCUCUGACUCUGUGCUCGAUGCCUUGCCGGUGCCGGUAGCCAAGGUGCCUGCGCUGGUCGCGUUUCUCCUCGUUGCGCUGGCCGCCGGCUCCGGCCUCGUCGCCAUCGUCGCAAUCAACCUCCUCGGCGGCCACUACGACAACCACACGCCGCGCAUGCUCAAGGGGCCGGCGCUGUCCGAGGAGCUUCCCGCCGUCUACCGGCUCCAGUGCGCGCACAACAACAGCAUCGAGUGCCUCGCGUACGUGACGCCCGCCUUUUGGAUGGCGUCGGCGCACGAGCUACCGCCGCCCCUCUGCGCGAAGCUCUCCCUCUUCCUCCUCGCUGCGCGAGUCGCCUACAUUGCGGCGCGAGAUACAGCCGAGAUACAACCGACAACCGAGAUACAGCCGAGAUACGGGCCGCACGCCGCCACCCUGAACGAGGGCGCGUGCCCCGCGGCGCCCGCCUCCCCUCCUGUGCGACACGCGCCGCCUCCCAGCGACACCAACGACGCGCCUCCCGCAAGACAGCCAGACGCGCCCGCUGUGCCUACUGCAGUCGGCCCCGGGAACCUUCCGGGAACCUUCACGGGACUCUCUCACAGACUGUGA